AUGUGUGCCGGCUCGGAUGCCGACAGCCAGCUGGGGGGCGGGGCCCAGCCGCCCAGCACCGCUAGAGCCCAGCACGGAGCCGGGGGCACCCCGGGAGCCAGCUGGGAAGCCGACAGCUCUGCCACCCAGCGCACCUCGGGAGCCCGGCACGCCCGGGAGCCAGCUGGGAAGCCGACAGCUAGCUGGGGAUGCGCGCGCCUCUCCCUCCUCUCCCUUCCCUGCUUCGCCUCCCUCGAGUCCGGCGAGCGUGGAAGGAGAGCGGCUGGCGAGGGUGCAUGCGUCCCCGAGUGGCUCGCCUCCCCCCGGCUCCGCAUAGCCAGCUCGGCUGAGAAAGCGAUCGACCUCGCUAGCAAAGCAGCACAAGAGGACAAAGCAGGAAACUUUGAGGAAGCCCUCCGCUUGUAUCAGCAUGCUGUGCAGUAUUUCCUCCAUGUUGUCAAAUAUGAGGCACAGGGUGACAAAGCAAAACAAAGCAUUAGAGCAAAGUGUACCGAGUAUCUGGACAGAGCAGAAAAGCUGAAGGAGUAUUUGAAAAAGAAAGAAAAGGCGCCUCCAAAGCCAGUGAAAGAAUCUGGCUCAGCCGAUGAAAAGGGGAAUGACAGUGAUGGGGAAGGAGAGUCAGACGACCCUGAGAAAAAGAAGCUGCAGAACCAACUGCAAGGCGCCAUCGUCAUGGAGCGGCCAAAUGUCAACUGGAGUGAUGUUGCCGGCUUAGAGGGAGCAAAGGAAGCACUUAAAGAAGCGGUGAUAUUGCCUAUUAAAUUUCCACAUCUUUUCACAGGGAAGAGAACCCCUUGGAGAGGGAUUCUUUUGUUUGGGCCCCCUGGAACAGGGAAAUCGUACUUAGCAAAAGCUGUUGCAACAGAAGCUAACAAUUCUACCUUUUUCUCCGUGUCAUCUUCUGACCUUGUCUCAAAAUGGUUAGGGGAGAGUGAAAAGUUAGUGAAGAAUCUAUUCCAACUUGCUCGAGAAAACAAGCCUUCCAUUAUCUUCAUUGAUGAAAUCGACUCUUUGUGUGGUUCCAGAAGUGAAAAUGAAAGUGAGGCCGCCAGACGGAUUAAAACAGAGUUUCUAGUACAGAUGCAAGGAGUUGGAGUAGACAAUGAUGGAAUUUUAGUUCUUGGAGCUACAAAUAUACCCUGGGUCCUAGAUUCUGCCAUCAGAAGAAGGUUUGAGAAACGUAUUUACAUUCCCUUGCCUGAGGACCAUGCCAGAACAGCCAUGUUUAAGCUUCAUCUCGGGUCCACACAGAACAGUUUGAGUGAAUCAGAUUGUCGAGAGCUUGGAAAGCGAACAGAUGGCUAUUCCGGUGCUGACAUAAGCGUAAUCGUACGAGAUGCCCUGAUGCAGCCUGUUAGGAAGGUUCAGUCAGCCACGCACUUUAAGAAAGUGAAAGGCCCAUCGUUGUCUGAUCCGAACGUGUUAGUAGAUCUGUUCACCCCUUGUUCUCCAGGAGAUCCCAGUGCCAUUGAAAUGACGUGGAUGGAUGUGCCAGGGGACAAACUACUGGAGCCAGUUGUUUCCAUGGCUGAUAUGCUGAGAUCAUUGGCCAACACAAAACCCACAGUGAAUGAACAAGACCUGGAAAAACUAAAGAAGUUCACAGAAGACUUUGGACAGGAAGGCUAAUCCAAAGACCGUUUUUACCCUAAAUUUUCUUCCUUCAGAUUUCUUGCUUCUCUAUUGCCAAUAAAUGAAUCACUUCUUUUCUUUCUACAUGGAAAUGAAGAGCUGUUUGCAAGGACCCUUGAGCUUUUUGUAUAUCACUUUCCAGAACUAUCUCUUAAAUGUUGUCUUCUGAAAGCAUGAUACUAGGAUCUUAUGGCAAAGAAGGUAAACAUGUUAUGAAUAUAUUUAAAAAACUGGCAGCCCU